AUGAAGGUCUCCGUAACGCUCCUCUGCCUCCUGCUCACAGCAGCCACCUUCAGCACCCAGGUGCUUGCUCAGCCAGAUGCAAUUAGUUCCCCGGUCACCUGUUGCUACACAUUCGUCAAUAAGAAGGUUCCUGUGCAGAGGCUGGCACACUACAAAAGAAUCACCAACAGCAAGUGUCCCAAAGAAGCUGUGAUCUUCAAGACUGUACUGGCCAAGGAGCUCUGUGCUGACCCCAAGCAGAAGUGGGUCCAGGAUUCCAUUGCAUUCCUUGACAAAAAAACUCGGACGACAACGCCUUACUCCACAACCCAAGAAACUCCAACUAAAUUAUUUUCCUCUAGCUUUCCUUAG